AUGCCUAAUAAAAGAAAAAGAAAACGAGGAACAGAAAAAGAUCAAUCAAAAUACGAUGCUUCACCUGUUUCUGAUAAGAUAUCAGAUAUUCCUCGUAAUUUUAAAAGAUUGUUACAAGCUAAUGAAUUUAAGAAAAAUAAAAUUGUUGAAACAUCUCGAAUUAAAAGCAAACAAACGAUACAAAGAAUGCCUGGUGAAUCAUUUCGAAAUUUUAGCAGGAGGUUGGAAGAUCACAUGAGACCAGAUAUUAUUAAAGCAAUGAAAGUAGGGAUGUCAACUAAAGACAAAGCUAAAAGGUAUCGAGAAAAAUUAAAGGAAAAGAAAAAAGCCAAAAUAGAAAAAUUAAUCGAAGAGGUUAAUGCAAAAGAUUUUAAUGAUUUUCAGGAUAAAGUAAAAUUUGGUGAAGUAGUUCAAGCUCCUCCAUCAUUAACCGUUAUACCUAAACAUCGUGGUAAAAUAUUAAAAAAGGAUAGUUUAGAGAAGGAGAGAGAGCAGAAAAAUAAACAGUUGAAUGCUGUUAAUAAAAGAAUCAUGGAUAAAGAGAGAGAAAGGGUCAUGACACAAUAUCGUAUUAUUAAAGCAAGAAAAUUAAUGAAUAAAAAUCAUUAUUCAAAAGAUUAA